GGAUCUAACUCAAGCGGGCACCCAUAUCCAACACUGGUUGUUGAAGUUGGCAACAGCGAGUCUGUUUCUAGCUUACAUGAUCUCUCGACAGGUUACUUUUCCCUGCGAACAACUAUUCAAAUUUAUCUUGCGAUCAAAUGGUUUCCCAUUCGUCAAGAUGGUACAAGAGCAAUGCUUGCACUGCGCUACCUAUGUACAAAUCAAAUUAAUACGGUGCCAGACAUCAUCAUAUCUUUUGGUACGGCACCUCUCCAUCUGAGUACAAUAGGAUUUCUUAUGAGUAUUGGUGUUCCACUUGCUAACAUCGUUGGCGUCAGGUUUUCAGCAAUUGCGUGUAAUGCCUCUGGUAUUCCGAUUUAUCAAUUGCAUAUUCCUGCUAUUGAACUUUUUAAUGGUGCAUUUGGAAGUGUCACAGCUGGGGUAGUUAAUGGGUUUUAUUUGGAUCUAUGGGAGAUACAAGAUUUAGUAUUGAAUGGGUUUUAG